AGAUGACGGUACACUGAUAAGGGGUCAGUGUUGGGAGAUGAGACGGUGAGGCAACACGUAAGAUGAGUGAUGCUGUGAGAAACGGAGAUGCGUACACUUAUGAUGAAGCUGUGGAAUUGACUGGUCAUGGCCGCUACAACUACCUCCUGCUGGCAGUCUGCAGCAUCAUCGCCAACGCCUUCGCUCUGGACAUGUUCGGGUACGCGACGGUCGUGGCUGCCUCCACCUGUGACUUGAAUAUUGGGCUGAAGCAGGUGGGGGUAUUGGCUUCUGCACCUUUUGCAGGAGUACUCUUCGCCUUCCCAUGGGGCUACUACGCAGACACACAUGGGAGACGGCAAGCGUUGCUGGUGUCCACUGCUGUGGGAUUCCUCCUGGCGAGCAUCAGUAGCUUCUCCCCUUCGUGGCAGUUCAUGCUGAUUGUCAAGACUAUUGGUAGUAGCUUCUCCACAGCCAGUUUCACCCUGAGUAUGACCAUCGUGGGAGAGUGCACCAUAGCGAGACACAGGAGCCAGUACAUGCAGAUCUUAAACUCCUUUAAUUUAGCUUCAGAAUUCGUUGGCUUUGGCCUAGCCUACUUCAUCCUCUCCAAGGACUUCAACAUACCUCUCCCCUGGUUCGGCAUAACCUACCGUCCCUGGCGACUCCUGACCUUCAUCCUGGCUCUCCCCCUGGGCAUCGGAGCCACCUUCAUGUUCCUGCUGCUGGAGAGCCCCAAGUUCCUGGCCAGUCAGGGACACCACCACAAAGCUUUGGAGGUGCUGGAGAGGAUUUAUAAGAUUAAUGGUGGAAAGAAGGAUGGCUAUCCGGUAAAAUGCAUACUACUUUCAGAAUCGGACACGAAAAUCCACAGUACCUUCUGGAGGUCAAUAGCCGACCAUACAGUACCGAUGUUCAAACCGCCAUUACUAUGGAGAACUAUUCAAUUGUUUUUCCUGCUCGCACUCUGCUGCAGCACUAAUAAUAUAUUCGCGAUGUGGUACCCCACAAUGGUGAACUUCUUCUUCAAGUCCUUCAAUGAAGAACAAACCAACACAACCAGCGCAAACUUCUGUCAGAGGAUAUCCACUCAGACAUUAGAUCCACAGGAUAUUGAAUCGUACACAUGCAACGACACCAUCUCAAUGAACACAAUCUACUCCGGAAUGCUGUGUGGCCUCUUCUUCUUCAUAACCAACCUGGCCGUGUCCACCUUCGCCUCCCGCACCCGGCUGGUCCUCAUCGGGACCCUGGUGGUCUCCGGAGUCAGCUCCAGCCUGGUGAACCUCAAAGACCCGGUGGCUAAUAUGGUGUUCUUCACUCUGGUGCAGUUCACGGCAGUAGGCAUUGGAUGCGUGGCUACUUAUUUUGUAGAUAUGUAUCAUACUUGUCAUAGAGGUCUGGUGACCAGUUUAGGCAUGAUGGUGGCUAGAAUGAUGUCGUUCUUGGGCAUCAAUGUCAUCGGUAUUCUGGUGAUGAGCCACUGCGAGCUCACUUUCUAUUGUAUGUCUUUGUUGGCGUUGAGUGGUAUCGUGGUGGCGUUAUUUUUACCAGCAGACAGAAAAUCAGUUAGAUAAGUGCAGAAAAUUGUGAUAUUAUUUUAAUAUUUUGUAUUUGCAAAAUAAAGAAUGUUAUAAAAAAA